AUGCUCUCAGGCACCUCCAGGACCAGACUGCACCUCCAGGACCAGACUGCACCUCCAGGACCAGACUGCACCUCCAGGACCAGACUGCACCUCCAGGACCAGACUGCUGCACCUCCAGGACCAGACUGCACCUCCAGGACCAGACUGCACCUCCAGGACCAGACUGCACCUCCCAGACCAGACUGCACCUCCAGGACCAGACUGCACCUCCAGGACCAGACUGCACCUCCAGGACCAGACUGCACCUCCAGACCAGACUGCACCUCCAGGACCAGACUGCACCUCCAGGACCAGACUGCACCUCCAGGACCAGACUGCACCUCCAGGACCAGACUGCACCUCCAGGACCAGACUGCACCUCCAGGACCAGACUGCACCUCCAGGACCAGACUGCACCUCCAGGACCAGACUGCACCUCCAGGACCAGACUGCACCUCCCAGACCAGACUGCACCUCCAGGACCAGACUGCACCUCCAGGACCAGACUGCACCUCCAGGACCAGACUGCACCUCCAGGACCAGACUGCACCUCCAGGACCAGACUGCACCUCCAGGACCAGACUGCACCUCCCAGACCAGACUGCACCUCCAGGACCAGACUGCACCUCCAGGACCAGACUGCACCUCCAGAACCAGACUGCACCUCCAGGACCAGACUGGAACUCCAGGACCAGACUGCACCUCCAGAACCAGACUGCACCUCAAGGACCAGACUGCACCUCCAGGACCAGACUGCACCUCCAGGACCAGACUGCACCUCCAGGACCAGACUGCACCUCCAGGACCAGACUGCACCUCCAGAACCAGACUGCACCUCCAGGACCAGACUGCACCUCCAGGACCAGACUGGAACUCCAGGACCAGACUGCACCUCCAGAACCAGACUGCACCUCCAGAACCAGACUGCACCUCCAGGACCAGACUGCACCUCCAGGACCAGACUGCACCUCCAGGACCAGACUGCACCUCCAGGACCAGACUGGAACUCCAGGACCAGACUGCACCUCAAGGACCAGACUGCACCUCCAGGACCAGACUGCACCUCCAGGACCAGACUGCACCUCUAGCACCAGACUGCACCUCCAGGACCAGACUGCACCUCCAGGACCAGACUGCACCUCCAGGACCAGACUGGAACUCCAGGUCCAGACUGCACCUCAAGGACCAGACUGCACCUCCAGGACCAGACUGCACCUCCAGGACCAGACUGCACCUCCAGGACCAGACUGCACCUCCAGGACCAGACUGCACCUCCAGGACCAGACUGCACCUCCAGGACCAGACUGGAACUCCAGGACCAGACUGCACCUCCAGGACCAGACUGCACCUCCAGGACCAGACUGCACCUCCAGGACCAGACUGCACCUCCAGACCAGACUGCACCUCCAGGACCAGACUGCACCUCCAGGACCAGACUGCACCUCCAGGACCAGACUGCACCUCCAGGACCAGACUGCACCUCCAGGACCAGACUGCACCUCCAGGACCAGACUGCACCUCCAGGACCAGACUGCACCUCCAGACCAGACUGCACCUCCAGGACCAGACUGCACCUCCAGGACCAGACUGCACCUCCAGGACCAGACUGCACCUCCAGGACCAGACUGCACCUCCAGGACCAGACUGCACCUCCAGGACCAGACUGCACCUCCAGGACCAGACUGCACCUCCAGGACCAGACUGCACCUCCCAGACCAGACUGCACCUCCAGGACCAGACUGCACCUCCAGGACCAGACUGCCACCUCCAGGACCAGACUGCACCUCCAGGACCAGACUGCACCUCCAGGACCAGACUGCACCUCCAGACCAGGACCAGACUGCACCUCCCAGACCAGACUGCACCUCCAGGACCAGACUGCACCUCCAGGACCAGACUGCACCUCCAGGACCAGACUGCACCUCCAGGACCAGACUGCACCUCCAGGACCAGACUGCACCUCCAGGACCAGACUGCACCUCCAGGACCAGACUGCUCCGCUGA